UUUACAUGCAUUGGAGACCAGAUCAGAAGUACUUCUGAAUUAAGACCCCAGAUUCUUUGUGGUGACAUUGCGGAGAACUAAGAACAGAAGAUGAGUGAACUAGACCAGCUACGGCAGGAGGCCGAACAACUUAAAAAUCAAAUUAGAGAUGCAAGGAAAGCUUGUGCAGAUGCAACUCUCUCUCAGAUUACAAACAACAUCGACCCUGUGGGAAGAAUCCAGAUGCGCACCAGGAGAACGCUGAGGGGGCACCUGGCCAAGAUUUACGCCAUGCACUGGGGCACAGACUCCAGGCUGCUAGUUAGUGCCUCACAAGAUGGCAAACUUAUCAUCUGGGACAGCUACACCACCAACAAGGUCCAUGCCAUUCCUCUGCGUUCCUCUUGGGUCAUGACUUGUGCAUAUGCCCCCUCUGGAAACUAUGUGGCCUGUGGUGGCCUGGAUAACAUCUGCUCCAUUUACAAUCUGAAAACUCGUGAAGGGAAUGUACGCGUGAGUCGUGAGCUGGCUGGACACACAGGUUACUUGUCCUGCUGCCGCUUCCUGGAUGACAAUCAAAUCGUCACCAGCUCUGGAGACACCACCUGUGCGCUGUGGGACAUAGAGACUGGCCAGCAGACGACCACAUUCACAGGACACACUGGGGACGUCAUGAGCCUAUCCCUCGCUCCAGACACCAGAUUGUUUGUCUCUGGUGCUUGUGAUGCUUCGGCCAAGCUCUGGGAUGUGCGAGAAGGGAUGUGUCGGCAAACCUUCACUGGCCACGAGUCUGACAUCAACGCCAUCUGUUUCUUUCCAAAUGGCAAUGCAUUUGCCACCGGCUCAGAUGACGCUACUUGCAGGCUGUUUGACCUCCGUGCAGACCAGGAGCUCAUGACUUACUCCCAUGACAACAUCAUCUGCGGGAUCACCUCUGUCUCCUUCUCCAAGAGUGGGCGCCUCCUCCUUGCUGGCUAUGAUGAUUUCAACUGCAAUGUCUGGGAUGCUCUCAAGGCUGACAGGGCCGGUGUCCUGGCAGGGCAUGACAACCGUGUCAGCUGCCUAGGGGUGACUGACGAUGGCAUGGCUGUGGCAACGGGGUCCUGGGACAGCUUCCUCAAGAUCUGGAACUAACACCA